AUGGGAAGACCUAGAAAAGCUACUUCAACAUCAACAUCAACUCAAAAAUCAAAAUCACCACCAAAAUCUCAAUUACAAAAUCAGUCUAAAUUUCGAUUACAAACAACAACUCAGACACAAACUCAAACGCAAGCUAAACCACAAUCAAAUUCACAAAUAGUUUCAUCAUUACCUUCAUCUUCUUCUUCAGUAAGAAUCACUAAAACAAUUUCUAAAGUACAACAAGAUAAAAAUUUAAUCAAUGAAACUAAUAAAGAAAAAUUAAUUAAAAAUUUAGAUGAAAUUUUAAAUGAAAAAGUAAAUAAUCAUAAUAAAGGAGAUAACAAUAAAUCUCCUACAACAAUUAACAUUUUAUCAAAUAGUAAGGGAUCAAACAUUGCUCAACCCCAAGUCAAUGAACAAACUAAAUUGAUAAAAGAAAAUAUUCCAAAUUUAUCCAACUCCAAUGGUAACAAUAAUAAUACUACAUCAAUUCCUGUGAGUAAUAAUAUCAACAAUAGUCAAUCAAUAAGAAAUUUAAACAAUAUAAAUAAUUUAAAUCAAAUUUCAACUCAAAUAGAUUCAAAAUUAAUAAAAUUAUCAAAUUUAUACAAGAAUAAAUCAAAAAAAUAUAAUUAUUUAUUAAAUUUAUCAAAUUUAACAAAUAAAAAAUUUAAAAUUUUAAAAUCUGUAUCACAACAAUUAAGUAAUAAAAAUUAUAAUUUUGAAACCAUAAUGAAAAUCUUGAUUAAAUUAAAUGAAAUUUUAUUCCCCUUGGAUUUACAACAACAUGAAAUUAAUUGUAAAAUUCAAUCUUUUAAUAAUCAACAACAACAAAAAAAUGGUAACACUAAAGAAGAAAUUGAUGACGAUGAUGAUGAAUUUAACUUGAUUUAUAAUGAAAUUAAAUCUUUACAUUUAAAAUUUGAAGGGUUUGAAGGUUUAAUUAAGUAUUCUAUGAAUAAUGUUCAAGUUGUUAAUAAUGGUGGAGAUAGUGGUAAAGGUGAUAUUAGCACUGACAGUACUAUUGUAAAUUUUGAUAAUACUGAAUCAAGUAUUGAUGUACCACUUCAAAAGUGUGCAAAUGGAUAUAAUCUUAAUAAUAACAAAGGUGAAUCUAAUUCUGGUAAUCAUGGUGAAAUGAAUAAAAAUGAUGAAACUGAAUUAUAUACAGAUGAAGAAGAUGGAAUUACUAUAAUUAAAAGUCAUUACAUGCUCAAUCAUGGUAAAGGUAGAAGAGUAAUGACUAAUGGAUCUGAUGUUAAUUUAAAUGAAAUCAAUCUCAGGGGGGGUACUAAUAAUAUUAACAGUAAUGUAACUAAUAAUGGUGAUGGUAAUGGUAAUAAAAAUGGAGUAGUUAAAAAUGGUAAUGUUAAACAUAAAUAA